UCCUGCCUCCAUUUUGUUUCACUUGUGUGUGUAAAUUAGUUUCACUUUCAAUGUGUAAGUUUGCUAGAACUCUCUGCUAAUAGCUUUGUAGAGGCAAAUUCUUUUUACCUGGCAAUUACCACUUCUGGAACCUCAGAAUUCUUGUUUUGCAACAAUAAAGCUUGAAGGAUUCAUAAAUCUCUGCUGUGGAAUUUGUCUGAGUUAAGCUACUCUGCUGGAUUCUACUAAACUGAUACUGCAGUAUGUCCCUAUGAUGCUAAUCACUGUAUGCCCCAGUCAUCCUUGGAGAAACAUGUUGCAGCAUGUAGGUUGCGGAAACUUGGCUAUAGCAAAGAAGAGGUGGAGGCAGUGAACCCACAUUUUUUCUAUGAAAAUGCCAAAGUACAUUCAGUAGUUAUAGAUAAAGCUAAGCAGUUUCAGAUAAUCAGGCAAGCAAAGGAUUCUGCAUCCGGUGGAAGAGAAAAUGGGUCAUAUGAUACAAGUGCAUACUCCUCUUAUCCUGUUGAAGUCCCUUAUAAUCACAAGCGUGCUAUCUGUGAUCUGACGUCUGCUGACCGCCUUGCCGUUUAUGAUUUUGUAACUGAAGAGGCAAAGAAGCAAAGAUCAAUAAUGCCAGUUGCUCAGAAUGAGUCUGAUCUGUUUGAAGAUUUGACCGCCAAGAUUAAUCAAGAUGACGGAGAUAAAGGCCCAAAAUCACACCUUGAACUCAUGGCAGAAAUGAGAGACUAUAAACGACGUCGGCAGUCUUAUAGGGCAAAGAAUGUUCAUAUAACUAAGAAGUCUUACACUGAGAUCAUCCGGGAUGUCAUUGGUGUCCAUAUGGAUGAGUUGAGCAACCAUUGGCGUGAUGAAAUGCAUGAUGAAGUUGGCUCCACAGUAUCUUCUUCUUCCCUUAAACGGCGAGAAUCACAGAGAUCUCCCUCUGUGGAAUCCAGACAGUCAGUUGGCAGCCAUAGGGGCAAGCACCGUACUGAGAGCCGCAGAGACAGGAGCAGGAGUCCACGCAGACACCGCAGUCGUGAAAAAGAGUCUAGAAAGAGAGAGAGGAGCAAAGAAAAGCAUCACCACCAUAAAAGAAGAAAACAUAAUUGACAACUUUUGGAUUUUUUUCAUAAAAAAUAAAGAAAUAAAAAAGAUAA